AUGGUUGCCAACAGCGAUUCAAAGACCGCCUUGGUCGUGGACUCGCCAAGCUACGAGGUCAAGAAAAUAGACACUACCAACCACCGAGUCCCCAAGCCCUCUGGACCCAACAAGGUGUUCACGAAGGAGGGCGUUACUUAUGGUGACUGGAGAGAUGACCUUGUUCGCGAUGGGUACGCGGUGGUCAAAGGCGCAGUUCCCAAGGAACGUAUCGAGAAAUAUGGCGACGACAUGAUGACUUACCUUGAGACCUUUGCCGGUGGCCUUGGUUUCAAGCGUGACGACCCUUCUACCGUCAAGGAAUCGAACCUUCCCAUCAUCACUGAGAAGGGCAUGAUCCUCGGUUACGGUGUUACCCACGAAUCCUUCACUUGGGACAUUCGCCAGGAGCCCGGCGUCGUUGAGGCCUUCGAGAGAGUUUACGACACCCAGGAUCUUAUUGUUUCCUUCGACGCCGUAAAUGUUGCGUUCCCCAACCGCACCGAUAUUAAGCCCAACAAGCCCUGGCCUCACCAGGACCAAGACCCCACUAAGCCCGGCUUCCGGUGCCUCCAGGGUCUCGUCAACGUCUUCCCCAACGGUGACAAGGACGGCGGCUUGAUCGUCUGCAAGGGCGGCCACAUGCUCAGCGAGGAGUUCCACAAGGCGUUUGCCAACGAGCCCAACAGGAUUCCAGCGUGGACUCCAGAGUGGUACGGCUUCACGGAUGAGGGUAUGGCUUGGUUGAAGGAGAAGGGUUGCGAAUGGGUAAAGAUCAACGCCGAGCCCGGCGACCUCCUGUUGUGGGACAGCCGCACGCCGCACUACAACCUCAGCCCUACAGGCACUUCGCCUCGUUUUGCCACUUACACUUGCUACAUGCCGGCCGCCGACGCCUCUCAGUCGGACUUGGUGAGGAAGAAGGGCGCUUUUGAUAACUUGAUGGGCACCACCCACUGGCCCAAUGCCUUGAACGUCGCGAACCUGCCCGUCAAGCGAAAUGGAAAGGACUGCCCUUACCACACUGGCAAGCCGAGAGCACCACCGAAGUUGACCGAGAGGGGGUACCUGCUGACCGGUAUCCCAUACAUUCAGCCCACCGCUGCAUAA